GGUUUGCGAUUGCGCGAGGUCCGUACUGGGGGCAUCUCUGGAUAUGUAGCCAACGAGACAAAAAUAAAGGCGGUUUUGCGUGAUUUCUCGAAAGAGGGACAGAAGUGAGUAAUGCGAAACCAAACACCGAAACCCUGUUGAUUUUCCGCAGCCCAAAGAAUGAUUUGCUCCACAAUAGAUAGAUGCGUUCGAGCGGCGGGCGCUACGAGCUUGCGGCCGCAUCUGCCAUGGCACACCGCCUUUAAUUCUUCUAGGCGUUUGAUUCCGAUGGUUGAGCAUCGUCAGAGACCAACCAGCAAACCAUCCCAUCUCCUACUCAAGACCUGUACUUAGCAUACUCGCGAUCCGUUCGUAAAACAACAUUCAUCAUUAAAUUCUACCUUUUCGGCCUUUUUCACAGAAAUCCAUCUUCACCAUGGACGCACAGACUCAGGUCGAUAUUAGCAAGCUGAAUGAUGCCGACAAGAACGAACUGAGCCAGAUGUUGGCAAACGAGCAACAAAAGGCCACGAUGCAGCAAACCGUCCAUUCGUUGUCCGAUAUUUGCUGGAAGAAAUGUAUCGCGGGAAAGAUCUCGUCAGGUCGCCUGGAACAAAAUGAGGAAACAUGCGCGCAGAACUGCGUUGAGCGGUGGAUGGAUUCGAACCUUGCGAUCCUGAAGCAUCUCGAAGCUCUUCGUGGAUAAGAUGUAUAAUCUUUGUCUUCUACUUUUUCAACGAAAAGCAGCGGGCUCUUGCAUAGAGCACGUCUGCCGUCACCUUGCAUGUAAACGGGUACCUCAUGUAUUAUAUCAAUCAUACCAAUAGAAAGGACGUGCUGGCUUUGCCACAUGAAAUAGCAUUGUGACCGUGCCGGAAGUUCA